AUGUUGCGCAACGCCGCCAACACGGCUCGCAAGACCGUGACGGAUCUCGCCUUGUACCCGAAGCCUGGGUCCAAGCUCCAUGGAUUUACUCUCGUCCGAGCAAAGCAUGUUCCGGAGCUGGAACUGACGGCACUGCAACUGCAACACGACAAAACUGGCGCCGACUACUUGCACAUUGCGCGCGAUGACACCAACAAUGUCUUCUCUAUUGGCUUCAAGACGAACCCUCCCGACGAUACCGGCGUCCCCCACAUCCUGGAGCAUACCACUCUUUGCGGCAGCGAGAAAUAUCCUAUUCGCGAUCCCUUCUUCAAGAUGCUGCCCCGGACCUUGUCCAACUUCAUGAAUGCGAUGACAGCUUCAGACCAUACCUUUUAUCCCUUUGCAACCACCAACGAGCAGGAUUUCAAGAAUCUAAUGUCCGUGUACCUCGACGCAACACUUCAUCCAUUGCUGAAGCAAUCCGACUUUCAACAGGAAGGCUGGCGAAUUGGACCUGAGAACCCGUCAGCAGAGACUGCAGAGGGCAAGAAGCUUGUCUUCAAGGGGGUCGUGUAUAACGAGAUGAAAGGCCAGAUGUCAGACGCGGGAUACCUCUACUACAUUCGAUUCCACGAUCACAUCUUCCCCGAUAUCAAUAACUCCGGUGGCGACCCUCAGAAGAUCACAGAUUUAACCUAUGAACAGUUGAAGAAUUUCCACGCAGAAAACUAUCACCCAAGCAAUGCGAAGCUGUUUACCUACGGAGAUAUGCCUCUAGCGGAUCACCUGCGGGAAGUUGACACCAGGCUUCAGGCCUUUGAGAAGAUCGCCAAGGACAAGAUUAUUCAUCUACCGAUCGAGCUGAAUGGCCCUAAGGAAGUUACCCUUCAUGGCCCACAGGAUCCAUUGGUCGCUCCGGAUCGACAGUACAAAACAUCGGUAUCUUGGAUCACUGGUGAUACUACUGAUGUGGUAGAAUCGUUCUCAGUAUCAUUGCUCUCUACACUCUUGAUGGACGGCUACGGGUCGCCGUUGUAUCGGGGUUUAAUAGAGGCCGGUAUGGGGGCUGACUGGAGCCCCAACGCAGGCUACGACAGCUACGCGAAACGCGGCAUCUUCUCAAUUGGUCUUACUGGCGUCCAGGAAUCCGAUGUUCCCAAGGUCAAGGGCAAGAUUCAGGAGAUUCUGCGGGAAGCGAGGAACAAAGGUUUUGACCAGGGCAAAAUCGAUGGCACACUUCACCAGCUCGAGCUUUCCCUUAAGCACAAGACGUCCAAUUUUGGCUACUCCAUGCUCAACAGACUGAAGCCGAAGUGGUUUAACGGCAGCGAUCCCUUUGAUUCUUUGGCCUGGAAUGACACCAUUGCUGCUUUCCAGGCCAAGAUGGCCGAGGGUGGUUAUUUGGAAGGCCUGAUGGACAAAUACCUACUCAAUGACAACACCUUGACUUUCACCAUGGCGCCAUCAGCCACCUUUGGCGACGACUUGAUUGCUGAGGAACAAUCGCGACUAUCUUCCAAAAUCCAGGAUGCCGUGAACAAGGCUGGAGACGAGGAGAGUGCUCGCCUGCAAUUCGAGAAACAGGAGCAGGACCUACUGGUGGAGCAAAACAAGACCACUACCGAGGAUCUGAGUUGCUUGCCUACCGUCUAUGUCAAGGACAUUCCAAGAUCAACGGACCCAACGAUUGUGCGAGAUGAAAUUGCUGAUGGUAUUCCGAUCCAAUGGCGAGAGGCGCCAACCAAUGGUCUGACUUAUUUCCGCGCCAUCAACACAUUGGAAAAUUUGCCCGAUGAGCUUCGAGAGCUCAUUCCUUUGUUUACGGACAGCAUCAUGCGUCUAGGCACGAAGGACAUGACGAUGGAACAGCUCGAGGAUCUCAUCAAGCUCAAGACGGGCGGCGUUUCUGUCGGCUAUCACUCCACGCCUUCACCGACAGACUUUGCUCAGUCCAGUGAAGGCAUCAUUUUCACCGGUAUGGCGCUUGAUAGGAACGUACCUGUCAUGUACGACAUUCUACGCAAACUGGUUCAAGAGACCGACUUUGACAGCCCGGAGGCUUCCCUGCGCAUUCGACAGCUGCUGCAAGCUUCGGCUGACGGAGUUGUCAAUGAUAUCGCGUCAUCUGGACAUCGGUUUGCGAUGGGCCACGCCGAAUCGAGUCUGACUCGCAGCGCUUGGCUGCGGCAGCAGGUAGCCGGCCUGUCACAGGUUAAACUGGUCACCUCGUUGACGAGCAGGCCGGAAUCCGAUCAGCUAGAGGAUGUCAUCAGCAAACUCAAGAAGAUCCAGGCGUUUGCUCUGACCAGCGGUAAGAUGCGCACUGCCCUUACGUGCGGCACCGAGAACGUGCAAGAGAACCUGAACUCUCUAAAGAGCUUUACGGGAGGGUUGUCUCGAGAAGUGUCAGGAGUGGCACACAGCAGCCCAUCACCCCUUCCCAGAGAUAGCAAGGCUUUCUUCCCUCUGCCAUAUCAAGUCUAUUACGGAGGCCUCUCUGUCGCCACAACAUCUUACACCUCACCCGAAGGUGCGCCGCUGCAGAUUCUCGCACAGCUGUUGACACAUAAGCACCUUCACCACGAGAUUCGAGAGAAGGGCGGUGCCUAUGGCGGCGGGGCUUAUUCGAAGGCUUUGGAAGGCUUAUUUGGAUUCUACUCCUACCGUGACCCUAACCCGCAAAAUACAUUGAGCAUCAUGCGCAAUGCGGGACGAUGGGCUGUGGAGAAGGAAUGGAGCGAUCGAGACCUGGAAGAGGCCAAAAUCUCAGUCUUUCAGGGAGUUGACGCUCCGAAGUCGGUAAACCAGGAGGGCAUGGCAAGAUUUUUGUCCGGAAUUACGGAUGAAAUGAAGCAGAGGAAGAGAGAACAGCUAUUAGACGUGACAAAGGAACAGGUCAGGGACGUGGCACAAAAGUUCCUUGUCGACGCUAUUGAGAGAGGAGAGGAGCGUACAACCUUCCUGGGAGAAAAGCAAGGCUGGGUAGAUGGAUCAUGGAGGGUCCAUGAGAUGAACGUGAACGGCGCUGAAGAGUAA